AUGUCGAACUUUUUGAAAGUAUUUCGAUUGGGACAAAACGUGUUGGCCAACUGUCGUGUAGCCAAAUUCCAACGCUCAAUUUCGGUCACUGCAUUCCAGUUGCAAAAUUUGAAGGGAGAAGCCUUAAAGAAACCGAUGCCAGAAGAGGAGAAGCCCGCAUCGCCAACUCCAGUAGGUUUGACCCCAUCGCAGCGCAAUUUGGUUGAGUUCGUUACCGGCGAAAUACUGGAGGAACGCCGCGUACAGUUGCAGUUGGAACCGCCAUACAUGAUUGACGACUUUACUGGACAUUUUUCUGGCUCCAAGGUGGAGCUAAUAAGAGAGUCACCUGACGAACGCAUUAAUAUUUUCUUUAAUGUUAGCAAAAGUGUGCCGCGUCGGAAUGAUGAGACCGGCGAUCUGACUCCAGUGCGCAGCGUUCCGAAAUUUGAGGUGCUAAUCAGAAGAAAUGAUUUGCUGCUAUCAAUAUUUUGUGUAUUUAAGCCGUGCGCCUUUGAUGAUGUGGAGCCGGAGUCCUUGGAUCAGCAGCCUCAAGAAAAUGAUAUAUUUGAGAUUCAAGAUCUAUCGCUAUACAAUCACGGCUGGAAUGACAGCUGCUUUACCAUUGAUGCAUCGCUCAUCGAUGACAAUCUACAAACCAUGAUUCUGGAGAUGCUUGAAGAGAAGGGCAUUACGCAUGAGUUUGCUAGAAAGCUUUCCGACAUGGCCACUGCGCGCGAGCAUGCCCUAUAUAUUGAGUUUUUGGAGAAUCUAUCUAAGUUUACUGUGGGCCUACCGCAGCCAAUUAAACAGGAUGCAAACUAA